UCGCAGUGCGCAUGUGUAGACGGUGAUCUGCGCUGUGGAAGAGGGGCUUGGAGACACACAACUAGAGAGAUGGCGCGGCACCCGACCGGAGCGCAAGGACAGCUGGUUGGCGGUGGGGGGGCUUGAAUCAUAACGAGAAUCAGAAAAUAAAAAAAAUAAUCACAAAAAAAAGAUAUUAAGAAAAAACGGGAUUCGGGAAAAGGAGUUUCCAUUCUGCUUAAAAAAAAAAAAAAAAAAAAACAGCGUCAGAGGUAGGAUAAAAAUAAAAACAUAUGAAUAUAAGGACAGAGAGAAAGCUGCUGCAAGAAGAAGAAGAAAAAGCAACUAAAGCCAAUUGAACUUUCCUGGACGUGUUGGACUUCUGGACAGCAGCUAACUGCGGUAGGUCAGAUAGAUGGUUUGUCCACAGCGCUGCCCGGAUCAUGAACGCACAGCUGUCGAUGGAGAAUAUUGGCGACCUGCACGGAGUGAGCCAUGAGUCCGUGUCCGGUCACGGAGAGCUGCUGAGUGGCCACAGUCCACAUUCCCGACCGAGCCCCCGGGGUCUGAGCCAUCGCGCUAUGGGCAUGGCGACCCUGCUGGACAGCGGAGACUAUCACCCCAGCCACCCCGGACACCUGCAUCCAGCCAUCAGCAUGUGUGAAGCCCCCGGCAUGAGUGCAAGCAGCACUUACACCACUCUAACCCCCCUGCAGCCCUUACCCCCCAUCUCCACCGUGUCCGACAAGUUUCCUCCUCACCAUCACCACCACCACCACCACCACCAUCCCCAUCAUCCUCACCCGCAUCCGCACCAGAGGAUCCCCGGAAAUGUCAGCGGCAGCUUCACGUUGAUGCGAGAGGACCGGAGUCUGGCGCCUAUGAACAGUCUGUAUCCCGCAUAUCAUCACAAGGAUCCCUGCAUGGGCCAGAGCCUCUCCCCGCUGUCUGGUUCCGGUCUGGCCAGCAUACACACGACCCAGGCAGGCAUUCCUCCCUACGCUCAUCCCGGUGCAGCCAUGCCUGGUGAGAAGAUGCUCACCCCCAGCGGGUUUGAGGCUCACCACCCGGCCAUGCUCGGCAGACACACGGAGCAGCACAUGAGCUCCUCGGCGGGCAUGGUACAAAUCAACGGUCUCCACCACCACCCUCACGCCCACCUUGGCGCGCAGGGGCACGGCCAGGGGCUGGGGAACAGCCGGGAGCAGGCCUCCGGGCCGGGGCAGCAAGGGGGUGGCGGUGGAGGGGGUGGUGUUUCUGGGGGACAGAUGGAGGAGGUGAAUACCAAAGAGGUGGCGCAGAGGAUCACAACAGAGCUGAAGCGCUACAGCAUCCCUCAGGCCAUCUUUGCCCAGCGGGUCCUGUGCAGGUCCCAGGGGACCCUGUCCGACCUGCUGAGAAACCCCAAACCCUGGUCCAAGCUCAAGUCCGGUAGAGAGACCUUCCGCCGCAUGUGGAAAUGGCUGCAGGAGCCUGAGUUCCAACGCAUGAGUGCGCUCAGGCUCGCAGGUGAGCGAAGCCUCGCAUGUAAGCGCAAGGAACAAGACCAUGGCAGAAGUGAGCGGGGGAACAUGACCAAGAAGCCCCGGCUGGUGUUCACAGAUGUGCAGCGGCGGACGCUCCAUGCCAUCUUCAAAGAGAACAAGCGUCCAUCCAAAGAGCUGCAGGUCACCAUUGCCCAGCAGCUGGGCCUAGAGUUGGCCACAGUGAGCAACUUCUUUAUGAACGCACGUCGCCGGAGCCUAGAUAAGUGGGUGGACGACGGCUCCGGUGGUCACUUGGGCAACUCUGGCCCCAACGCCUGCACCAAAGCCUGAAGACGGACUGAUUUGACCAACUCAUGGACUGACUCAACCUCGGUGGAAAAGCUUUAAAACUUAAGAGAAACAAAGAGAAACUUAAAAAGACCUUGAAGCAACGUUUUGCCCUUAAACCUGUACUAUAUUGAUAUUUAUAGUAUCCAAAGAUGAAAAAACAAACCAAAGACUUCUUGUUUGACCUGCUUUGAAAUGUUUGUUUCAGCAACACGUUUAUGUGUAACAUACUGCAAAAAGACUAUAGUUUUACCCCCCCCACCCCCUCACACACACUCACUGUCACUGGUCUAUAGCUUUACUACACCCCCCACGCCUCCCCACCCAGUAUCAAUCUGUCAUUCGCCAUCCUUAUCUUUAAUCUGAUUGGUUGGUUUUAAUGAUGGGUCCCUAAAUGGAGGUUUAAUCAGCCUAUUGGCAGUCUAAUCUGCAGCUGUCCACACCCUUGAAAAACAGGCAGAAUGUGGAGCUCCGGUGGGAUUGGCCAAUCAACUUUAAAGACAAAAAAAAAAUCCUACAGGAGCGACUGGAUUGUUGUGCAACCUUGUUUGGAUCGGUGGCGGUGGACUGUCUGUCUCUCCAGCUGUCUGUCUUUCUAUCAAGCAUUCCAGACAGACAGGGGAAUGCCCAUGCGUAGACUGCUAACCCAAAACCAAAAUCCCAACCCUGAACCAAACCCCCCUAACCUCAACCCACAUGGUAGUGCUUUCUUCCAACAUGCUGAAGCGUUGAAUCAUUUAAACAAGAGAAACCAAAGCCUUCUAAAUCCUAAAGCCUCUCAUGCAGCUUAGAAAUAAAACCACUUGAGAACCUGUUAUGAAGUAAUUUGACCAAAGAGUAUAUUUUGUAGUUGAUAAUCUUAAGAGUAUUUUUACCUCAUUUCCUCCCUUACCUCCUGAGACUGACUGUUAGUUUGGAGCCACAAAGAAGAGAAUGUUACUGCUUAUGGUCCGUACAACAUUUUGAGUCAUACUUAAAUAUAUGCUCCCUGCAAAUGGAAAUAUUAUAUGACACAACCCUGAAAAUUAACUAUUGACGUUUGCCUUAUAGAUGCCUUCUUGAAUCAAGCUAAAUAUUCCAGUUAUAUCUUUGCAAACAGUCUAUGUGAAUGUUCCUGUAAAUGCUCGUUGUGAAGAUUAAUCAUUACAGAUACAUCCUUUCCUGUAAGUCUGUUUAGCUAAUGCCUACAGAUGUGUUCCAAUACCAGCAGCUGGCAAACAAAGACUAAUCCGUUCAGUAGUGUGUUUUCUCUGCAAAGGUGAAAACAAAAGAUGCUCUAAGUGUGUUCUUGACACUGUGAGGGAGAAAGACGGCCUCUGAUGGGAUUUUUGUUUUUGAGGACAAACUGUGUCACCCCUCUAAUAAUAAGCAUUCAGCGUCGCUCCAUCGUCCCUGUGUGCUUCAUUUUAUCCUCCUCAUCAAAGAUGUUGGGUGGAGGGGAUGAUAUCAAUGAUCAAAUCACUUUCAGGCGCUUACACAGCAAUGUCAGCUCGUCACCUGAAUACGAAAGCACCCCAUCCUGCCUGUUGCCAAUCCCCAGUUCCCCAACCCCUCCCCAACCCCUCCGCCCAUCCUGCCUCUGCUGUCCUAGUAAGCUAUGCAUUUCAGCACUAGGAGGAAAGCACUACACAGGGCUGGCCCAGGGCAGCGUAUCAUUAAAUAUAUUGAGCUGGCCCCUUGCCGUCAUCCUCCUCAUGGCCAGGGUUAGCAGCUCUACAUUCAUCAGAACAAGCGCUGAAGGAGAGGCGAGGGAGAGAGAGAGCUGCUUCUUCAUCUCUGAAAGGAAAAAACCAAAAAGACGACAAGAAACAAAAAUGUGUCAAGACCUGCUGAUGUUUUAUAGUGUGAACCAAAGAUGCUACCUCACUCAAGUUCCAUACGUGAUUUCUAUCACUUUGAUGAUACCAAAGAUAACCAAAGAUUUUUUCUCAUUGCACGGCCUCUAUGAGUGGUGUUAAAAGAUGUUGUUUGUCUCCCCUCCCCCCAUAUCCUCUCUCUCUCUCUGCCCCUCUCUUCCUUUCUUCUCUCCUUUCCGCCUCCCACCCCUCCCACCUGCAAUCAACCCCUGCACCCCUGCUAUGCGUGCUCUUGCUUCAUCUGUGCUCUGAUUACAGCUCCAUAGGUAGUCGUGCUGAUGUAGCUAUAGGCAGAUAUGCUGAUCUAGCCAUAGAUACACACAAGCGGCCACUCAGGUGCCUGCAGGGUACAGCGAACUCGCAAGCCAUGCGAUCAGUCUUUCUUUGUGUUUGUUAGCAGUACCAAAGAAUGCUUCUUUCUUUUUUUUUACCACUUUA